AUGAGUCGUGAACCCCUUCCGUCCUCGAUGGAUACUGCGGAGAGCAGUCUCCAAUUCCGCGAGGAAAGUGGCAUGCAGAAAUUUACCAGACGUCUUAAGGAAGAACCUUUGAUUCCACUAGGAUGCGCUGCCACAUGUUACGCCCUCUACCGCGCCUACCGAUCCAUGAAAGCCGGUGAUUCCGCCGAGAUGAAUCGCAUGUUCCGCGCCCGUAUCUUCGCUCAGGCAUUCACACUAGUCUCCCUAGUGGCAGGCGGUAUGUACUUCAAGACCGAGCGCCAGCAGCGCCGCGAAUUUGAGAAGGCUGUGGAGGAACGUAAAUCACAAGAGAAGCGCGAUGCUUGGUUGCGGGAGUUGGAGAUCCGUGACAAAGAGGACCGCGAGUGGCGUGAGCGUCAUGCUGCUAUCGAGGCUGCGGCGAAGGAGGCUGGACAGAAGCCGCAGCAGCCCGAUGCCGCUCGCGCGUCGAUCGAGCCGGCAGAUGAGAAGAAGGUUGGUGUCUUGGAUGCUGUGAGGGUUCUGCUGGCACAGCGGAACUAG